AUGGAAGUGAAGCCGCUCAUGGUUACGGACGUAAAAGCGCUUGGCGUCCUGUCCGCGGACGUGCGGAGUGAACUUCAGUUCGAGCUGUGCCAGCCAUAUUUGAUGCGCAACGGCUUCUACAGAGUGUGCCAGCAUGUGGAGACGGCGGUGCUGAAGUCCAUCAUGGUUGACUGCAUCACGUUCACUUUCUAUCGAGCAGGCGAAGCUGCCUUCGAAGCAGGGCAAGAUGCCAAGCACGCGUACUUCAUCGAGCGAGGAACCCUGGAGUACCAGCAGAACCGCAGAACCUCGAAGGUCAAGCGGAAGUUGCGGGUCGGCGCGCACAACGAGAUCAUCAUCGCGGAAGCUGCCUUGUGGACCUUCUGGGACCAUGUGGGCACCCUGACCGCACCGAAUCCCGCGUCGAUGCUGAAGAUGAAUGUGGACAAGCAUACCAAGAUCAUCGCCGAGUCUGAGCUCAUGGGGGAGUUUGCUGCAGAACUGGCGCUGCACUUCAGGACGCGGCUUUCCAUGGCCAAGCCGCCUCAGGCGCCCUGGCCCAACGACAUCGAAGUUCCGUGCACAAGCUUUGAUGAGAUGAUCGUGUGCGCGUCGAAGAUUGUGAGGAGCUUGGUCAGCAGGAUAGGCCUCGAGCUUGUGAAAGACCAGGUUGGCCAGUGGGCCUCGGCAGUGUUCCGCAACCAUCCCAAGAACAUUGAAGAGCUGGAGAAGGAGGUCACCAAAAGCAAGUGCAUGCUGAUGGCCAACACGCACGGGGACGUCGAACGCCUGGCCGCUGUCUCCACCAUCAAUAUUAGCCGCUGCGAUGGCACCACCCUCAUGCAGCUCGGAACUUGGGACCCCGAGAGUGGGCUGCGAGUCAGCUGCAAACUUCCGGGCACGAAGCAGGAGCUCGGAGAGACGGCCCAGGAGGCCAUGACUCGCGUCCUGGAAACGGAUCUGCUGCCCUUUCGCGGCCUCGUCGACCUGUCGCAGCUGCCCGUGCAUCACGAGGUGGAGUGGUCCCGCUCCGAGAAAUACAACAUGCGGACCAAGUACUUGCGCACAAUCUUCCAGCUUGAAGUCCGAAAUGAGAUGGACUUACCGCAACUACAGCGACUGGAGACAGAUCCCUCACGGGACAAGGGACCACCCAUGGUCAAGCGGCAUUCUUUCCGUGGAUUUAUGGGUAUGUCUGCUGGAAGGACGCUGACAAGGCGAUCUGGCUCGCAGAACAAGAUGGACCUCGACUCGCUCGGGUGCAUCGCUGACACGCAUGAGAUCGUUGGAUUGCCGGAUGGCGAGUCGCAAAGAGUGCUUAUUUGUGGCUGGCUGCAUGAGGAGGAGGUGGAUCGUUUCCGAGGCGAGGGUGAAGGGAAGGCGGUGCUGGAGCGACUUAUGUCCAGGAUUCACAUCGACGAGCUGGUCAUGAGCUCAGUCAAGGACCUGACCCCGACGAUCGUGCCCAUCUCAGACGGCUCGGAGGUUGUGGCUCGCGACCGGACUGUGAGCUACGACAAUCGGACCGACGAGAAGAGCAUGGACACCCGAAGCGUGGACAACCGAAGUGAGGAGCUCUACGGGAUCCUCGGGGCGCUUCCGAAGGAUGCGCACGCGCUGGAUGACUGA